AUGAAACCGUUCAAUCCCGCAAACACUGUCGAUCAUAUCCUCGAUAGCAUUGCCUGUGAUGGCAUCCAAGGCUGUGAACUAUCGAAAAUAUGGAAAUUCGCAGAGGAAUUCCUUGAGACCCCACCCAAUGACGUGAUGAAAGCGAUCUUGUGGAGGUUGCUUAUCCUGGAAACCACCAAAGUGGAGUUUUUACAUGAUAAACAACCGAUUGUUUGCGAACCAACCUUGUCGCAAAUGAAUGAGAAAUACCAAAAUGUGAUCAUCAGAUGCACCCAAAACUACCAAUGGUCUGCCUUGACGGGGCUAGAUAUUCGUGAGGCGUCGUUCAUUGGUAAGAAUUUGUUCAAGAUCAUCCUCUGCGUUGCCCAAACCGGUGCCAAAGGAUUACCUUCGUCGCAAGUAUCAAAGGUCACUGGACAAGACCCCCGGUGCUUGACCGCGAGAAUCGAGAAAUUGACAGAGGCCAACAUCAUCCUGAAAGUGUAUAUCCAUUACCUCCAGCCACCACGAUUGGUACAUCGAAAGUUCCGCGAGCAGUUCAAAAACAACUACCAGACCUCGCAGUUGAAAGAACAGAAUUCGUUGGACGCCCAGCCGAGAAUUUAUCGUCAACGAAUCAUUCAAGAGGCCAAGUCAAGUUACAAUCAAAUGAGAAGUAUCAUAGAUUUGAAAAAACAACUAGGAAUUACCCCCAGAGAUUCCAAACGGUUUCACAGAACUAUUAAAUUAUUGGUGCGCAAGAAAUACUUGGCCAAAGUGUUGGCAUCAAGGAAAAACGGGCAAGCGAAAUUCGAGUGCAUUCAAUAUAUCAGGGAUUAUAUUCCUACCAAUGACGAAGAGGAAGAUGAUGACGACGAGGAAAAUGAACUUGCCGAGCAAGAAGAGCAGAAUGACGACGAUGACGAGGAAAACGAAGAAGUAAACGCUGAUGCUGAUGAUGAUAACGAUGCUGAUGCUGAUGCUUCUAGUUUACCGAAUGAUGACACCAUUUCUGAUCUACUAGAAUUCACCAGUAUGGCCAAAACCACCAACAAUGAAGUGGGUUGCUUCAAUACUUUGAUCCCGUUCAUCAACCAGGGUUAUUAUCAAAUAGCGGCUUCACAAGACGGGAUCACAUCUACAGACGUCAUGAAAAAGAUCACCGGGAGUAGAAAAACUAAGAAAAGGAUCAUGAUAUUCCAAGAAUUGAUCAGAGACCCAUUUUCCAAAAUUCCAUUUUGGAGGGAUUUAAAUGUCGAAAAUUUCUAUCUUGAUCAUUAUUUUGCGGUGGGGUACGUGUUUUCUGGGAAAAUCAAAUCGUUGAAAUUCAUGCUAUUCUCCCAGUUCCCCGACGCUACCGUAAAAGUCAUUCCUAGCAAGUAUCAAUUCUUUUCUGAUAAGUUUGGUGAUACCCCGAAAAUCUCCUUGCCAGCAAUGGAUAACUUGGCCUCGGAAAUCUCUUCGGCGUCUUAUAAAAUCUACGAGAAUAUCUCCACCACCCAUAAAUUCUCGUUGGGUUGGAGAGGGGAGAAUUUCACCCUGCCACCGAAUCUGGUAGAGGUCUUGCCAUUUGGCGCAAAGCUGGGAACCACGAUUAAUAGACAAUCGAAAAAACCGGGGACCGCUAGAAGAGGACGCCCACCGAGCAGUGCUGCUGGGGGUCAAGAAUCGAAAUACAUGAAGCGGAAAAGAGAGUUGUUGGCCGAGUCUAAUAAACGGUUGAAAUCGCUUGAUAAACCGUUAGUUAAAAAGCCACGACUUGCAUCGUUAGCAAAGGUUGAUAAUAAGGCGAUAGCUACUGAUUUGCCAUUAGUGACCGAAGAUAAUUCAGAUGAUGUAAAUGAUCAGGUAAACGAAAUUAUUGUCGAUAAGAUCCCUGAUCUUAAAAUUAAGAAUGAAGAGAUUUCUGUGCCGAAUGAACCACCUAUUCUUAUUGAACAUGCUGAUGAUGAUGACAAUAAUUUAGACAUUGAUAUUCUGUUGAAUGAGAUCAUUACCGAUGGUCCUGAUGAUUCAGUUAUUAGCAAACCAUUGUCAAUGGAAGCAAAUGAUGCCAUUGCAGCCGUGGAUGAUGUAUUAACCGACAUGAUUGUCAGAAAUCAAUAUAAUUCGCCAACCAAGAAAUCGCCAACCAAGCCCUUAUCCACUCCCAAACUGGCGUCAGGAAGACGUAAAACACUUAAUUCGUUGACAUUCAUUACCAACGAAAGAACCGGCGACAGGGAGUCGGCUACCGGGUCUCCUAUCAGAAGGUCUCCAGAAAGAUUGCUGCAACCUAGAGGAAUGGCAGUGGUUUCGUUAACCAAGAUGAAAAGACUUAAUUCGAUCAUCGAGGUUUUGGAAGAAAACCAAGGGAUUUUCUAUACAGGAGUCAAGUUUGCCAGGAUGUUGGAGAAAAAAAUGGGUCAGAAUACUAUUGUCGAUAAGAAAACGCUUCUUCGAGACAUUGACGACUUGAAAAAUGGUGGCCGGAUCAAUACUGCAAUCGUUGAGACGUUCUUCUCCGGGAACGAGACGGUGCUUUUUUUUUUAAAGAAUAAAGAACCGACCGCAGAAGAUAUUGAUAGAUUGAGAGAGCUGGCGAAAUACCAAUCCGUCAGUAGGACUGUUCCGGAGGUCAAACAAUCGGUCAGACUUUACAGCAUCAAAGAACAAAUGUCCAAAAGGGCCAAGAGGUUGCAGGAGAAGGCUGCUAAGGCCGCAAAGGAAAAAGAUAACGAAAAAGCCCAAAACAAAAAAUCUAGUAACUCCAAACUGUCUAAAAAGCACGUUGCUACCGAAGAAGCUCAGCAAUUACCCAACGUUGACACAGGUGAAACUAAUGAGGUUGUCGACACGUCUGGGAAAACCACCAAGAAACAAAGAGAGAAAAUGGUCAAGCGAGCUGCCAAUCCAACCAACAACAAACGCCGCUACAAAAAGAAUUCGUACCGACUUAGUAAUGAGGAUAGUAUUGCGAUUUUCCGUACCGUGGUGAUAACCAGGUCUUUGACGAUGGACGGUAUCACGAAUUUCAAGAUGAUUGAAGAAUACCUCGAUAACCCGUACCUCAAACACGCACAGCUUCCAAAGAAAUGGGGCAAUAUCAGAAAAGCUGCUGGUCCAAACACCGUCAAGACCUGUACCAGGAAUUGGACCGCGGUGUUUUUGAAGCUUGUUGAUCUGGGAGAGAUCAGUUUAGCCGAUUUGAAAAACCGGGAUCUUGGAUUUUUCGUGGAUAUUUGGAUAAAGUACCGCAUUGAUGAUUUUGAUGAACAUGGUAUGAUAAGCAACGGAUCAGCAAAAACAGCCGCCGCGCCAGUGGCCAUGGCCAAUCCGUAUUUGGAAGCCGAAGCGGUGGGCAAAGUGAAAUUAUACGAAGACCAUUCCAUGAACCUUGAGCAAUAUAAAUUUAUUGAAGAAGGGGAAAGAAAGUCAUUUGAAGGGUAUUUCUCGCCUAAUAUUGCGUUGAUUCAAAGAGAGAAUAUUUUGUUGCUUAGGUCUUUCACCCUAGAGAAACCACCAAUUAUUAAUGACGCCAAGAAUAGUACGCUUCACCAAUACCUUAAGGCGGUGAUUUUAUCCGACCCUAAAUCGUACUCUUCCAAAGAUUUUGAGGAUUUAACGAUGAAGAAAGGAUUUGAAAGAACUGUUGUGGAAAAGGCCACCAAGGAAUUGGAGGCCAAUAAGGAUUUGAUCUUGGUGUUGGCGUCGAACCAACUGGGAUUCAAGUUAAUUUUCAACGAGAAACUAUUUACUCUGAACAUUAUUUCUUUGGGGGACCAUAUUUGGAACGAUGCAUUUAUCCAUCGUCAAUUAUUGUACAAUGUUAUGGAUACAAAAAAAGCGGUGUUGCUUCCAUCGCUUGUGUCUGAUGGGACGAUGGCCAGUGUCAUUAAUAACUUUGCCCAGGCCAAUAUCAACGUAUUGAGACUUUCUGGGUUUGCAAAAGAUAAGAACACCACGUACGCGUUGAAGGCCAUUGAAGACAGUUUCUUCGAUGUGAGAUUCUUGAUUUCCGUCAAGGAUAAUUCGCUCCAAGAGACCCCGUUCCAGUUUGUGCCGAUCCCCAUUGGUCCCCGGGCUUCGAGAAUUUGGGUGGACAUCCAUGGGAAUAUUAACAAGAGGGUGUUGACAAAGAUUUUAAAAUUUUUGAUUUCGUUAAUUCAAGCCAGGCCGGGGAUUUCCCUGGGGCUGGCAUUCGGUAAAAUGAGCCGGUUGUUGUCGUAUAAUGAGUACCACGAGCUUUGUGAUUGGUUAGUGCAAAAGCAGUGUCUUAAACGAGGGUUGUGCGAAUCUUUGUAUGUCAUGGAUAAUUGGUAUUGUCUAUUAGGAUGA